AUGGAGAACCCCUCUGCCUCGACAGAUACGAUGCUACAGAUCCCGGAGGGAGUAUGCGUCCUCACGCACGACGCUCUCUGCGUGAACGACAUUGUACAGUCAGUAGGCGACGAUCGCGCGGGCGCAACUGCCGUCUUCAUUGGCACGACGCGGAACUACUUCAAGGAAGGCAAAGUCGUGACACGCUUAGACUACCAGGCCUACAGCAAGCUCGCAAUCAAGACGAUGGCGGACAUCAUCCGCACCGCGCACGCGAACCACCCGCGAUCCUCUCACCACCCCGAGCAGUCCCAUGUCACAUCGCUCGUCCGGACCGCGGUAUACCACCGCCUGGGCACCGUUCCCGUCGGCGAGCCGUCCAUCGUGAUCGCGGCGUCAUCCCCGCACCGCAAGGAGGCAUUCGCGGCGUGCGAGUUCAUACUGGAGGAAGUGAAGCAGAAGGUACAAAUAUGGAAGCGGGAGUUCUACGAGGGCGAACGCGAGGAAGACGCGGAGUGGAAAGCAAACAGUAGUGUAUGA